AUGUCGUCCACUAUUAACAACCUCGAGCGCGAAGACCACAGUCGUGAUGCUGCCUUCAGCAAGGCCAUGCACGGCAGCUCAGUCGAGGCCAAUGGCGGACUUGCGGCCAUGUUCUCCAAGGGCGGGCAAGCGAAGCAGCUCGCCGUGGACGAGUACUUCAAGCACUGGGACAACAAGGCAGCCGCCAACGAGACCGACGAGCAGCGAGCAGAGCGAACCGCUGAGUACGCAACCCUGACGAAACAUUACUACAAUCUUGUUACCGACAUUUACGAGUAUGCGUGGGGUCAAUCCUUCCACUUCUGUCGGUUUGCCUACGGCGAGACAUUCCGCCAAGCCAUUGCCCGCCACGAGCAUUAUCUGGCUCACAGCAUCAACAUUCAAAAGGGCAUGAGAGUUCUUGAUGUCGGCUGUGGUGUUGGUGGACCUGCUCUCGAGAUUGCCAAGUUUACAGGCGCAAAUAUCACCGGCCUGAACAAUAAUGACUACCAGAUUGCGCGCGGCACCCGCUAUGCGGCCAAGCAAGGCCUUGCCAAUCAGGUCGACUUUGUCAAGGGCGACUUCAUGCAAAUGUCAUUCCCCGACAACGCCUUUGACGCCGUCUACGCGAUCGAAGCAACUGUACAUGCGCCUAGUCUCGAGGGCAUCUACAGCGAGAUCUUCCGCGUGCUGAAGCCUGGUGGCACUUUCGGGGUAUACGAAUGGUUAAUGACGGACGAAUAUGACAACAACAACCUCAGACAUCGUGAGAUUCGGCUCGGCAUUGAACAAGGCGACGGCAUUUCGAACAUGUGCAAGGUUUCUGAAGCAUUAGACGCCAUGAAGACGGCUGGCUUUGAGAUCCUGCGACACGAGGACAUGGCGGCUUACCCGGACCACUCUCCCUGGUACUGGCCGCUAUCUGGAGAGAUGAAGUACAUCCAGUCCGCAGGAGACAUAUUUACGAUUGUGCGCAUGACCAGCUGGGGCCGCGCCAUCGCUCACAACUUAGCCGGGGUCUUAGAAACCCUCCGGGUCGCCCCGGCAGGCACCAAGAAGACGGCCGAUAGCUUGGCGCAUGCUGCGGAUUGUCUUGUCGCCGGUGCGCGAGAGAACCUCUUCACGCCCAUGUACCUCAUGGUUGGUCGUAAACCUGAGUAA